AUGACCGCCGAGCGAUGGCUCCCUCCGGCCGCCUUGCUGUCCCUGCUCGGCCCUAUCGUCCUCCUCCGCGCCGCCAAAGGCCUCUUCUCUACCGGUCUAUUUCUUCUCCAACCCUCUUCCCCCCCAGGCGGGGAACCGAGGCGGAUAGGGGCAUAUGAGAAGAUCAUGCCGAUCCCCCAUCAUAUCGCCCCUUGA